AUGCUCAAGUCGCGGCUCCGCAUGUUCCUGAACGAGCUGAAGCUGCUGGUGCUCACGGGCGGCGGCGGCGGGGGGCGGCCCCGGGCAGAGCCGCAGCCCCGGGGGGCCGGCCGGCGCGGCUGCGGCUGGGCGCCCUUCGCCGGCUGCUCCAGCCGGGACGGCGACGGCGACGAGGCCGACGAGGACGAGGAGGAGUACUACGGGUCCGAGCCGCGCGCCCGGGGCCUGGCCGGCGGCGGGGACAAGGAGCCGCGGGUCGGACCCCCGCCGCCGCCCGCGCCGCUGCCGCCCGCGCCGCCGCCGCCGCCCCCGGGCGCGCUGGACGCGCUGUCGCUCAGCAGCAGCCUGGACAGCGGCCUCCGGACCCCCCAGUGUCGCAUCUGCUUCCAGGGCCCCGAGCAGGGGGAGCUCCUGAGUCCCUGCCGCUGCGACGGGUCAGUGCGCUGCACACACCAGCCCUGCCUCAUCCGCUGGAUCAGUGAGAGGGGCUCCUGGAGCUGUGAGCUCUGCUACUUCAAGUACCAGGUCCUGGCCAUCAGUACAAAGAACCCCCUGCAGUGGCAGGCCAUCUCCCUGACGGUGAUUGAAAAGGUCCAGAUUGCCGCCAUUGUUCUGGGCUCCCUUUUCCUGGUUGCCAGCAUCUCCUGGCUCAUCUGGUCCUCACUCAGCCCCUCAGCCAAGUGGCAACGGCAGGACCUGCUCUUUCAGAUCUGCUACGGCAUGUACGGCUUCAUGGAUGUUGUCUGCAUAGGCCUCAUCGUCCAUGAAGGCUCCUCUGUCUACCGCAUCUUCAAGCGCUGGCAAGCUGUGAACCAGCAGUGGAAGGUCCUAAAUUAUGACAAGACCAAGGACAUUGGAGGAGAUACAGGGGGAGGGACGGCAGGGAAGACAGGCCCCAGGACCUCACGGACAGGCCCCCGCUCUGGGGCAACCGGCCGUCCCCCGGCCACCCACCGCAUGCGGACGCUCUUGCCUCAGCGCUGUGGUUACACUAUCCUGCACCUCCUUGGACAACUGAGGCCGCCAGAUGCCCGGUCCAGUUCCCAUUCCGGCCGAGAGGUUGUCAUGAGGGUGACCACGGUCUGAACUGGAUUCCCGGAGCGGUUAAUCUUGGGUCAGUGCAUUGGCCAGAGAUGCUUUAUCAGCCAUCGGGGCUGCUGGAAGUGUCACCUGGACGCACCACUUCCACCACUGAGGAUCUCUGCGGACAGCCUCAUGCUGGAGAUACCCCGCUGGGCACAGACAUCUGGAUGCCACUCCAGCCCCACUGACAGCUCCUGACAUUCAUCCUGGGGCAGCCCAGUGCACAGACGGAGAGAGCAGCUUUUCUUCCAUAGAGAACCGUUCUUACCUCAGCUCCUGGGGCCUCCAGCCUCCCAGCUCUACCACAUGACUUGGUGAAGAGGGACCAGUGCCAGAAGAAAGGGGCUGUAGACCCCCCCAAACCCCCCACCCCAUGGCCACAGGGCAUCUGGCAAUAAGACUAGAUUACAUUGACCACCUCCCGUUCCCUGCAUGAGGGCGGGGGGCUUCCCCGAGCCUUCCCCCCACUGCAUGGGGGAGGGCAUAAAGAAUCAUUUAUAUGCA